AUGUUAAGUCUUGGUUCCCAACCAGAACCUGAAGCAGAAGAAACUGCUGAUGAAGAGGAAGAGGCCUGGUCUGUCAGGGCUGCCCCAGGGCAGGUGUCUUGGCUAGAGUUGUGUUUGCCAACAGCAGAGUCAAGAAGCAGUUGGCUGGACCCCUCGAUCCAGCUGGUCCUUGUGUUGUGGCUUCUGAGAGAAAGCUGCUUGUGGUGGCCUGGUGUGGAGCAGGAGCUGGUUUUCCCAGGUUCCCUGGUCCAGGCAGCGCUGACUCAGCCGUCCUCCGUGUCAGCGAACCUGGGAUAAACCAUCCAGAUCACCUGCUCUGGGAGUAGCAACAGCUAUGCCUGGUUCCAGCAGAAGGUCCCUGGCAGUGCCCCUGUCACUGUGAUCUACUACAACGACAAGAGACCCUCGGGCAUCCCUUCGCGAUUCUCCGGAUCCAAGUCCGGCUCCACGGGCACUUUAACCAUCACUGGGGUCCAAGCCAAGGAAAAGGCUGUCUAUUACUGUGGUAGCCAAGACAGCAGCAACAGUGCUGGUCUGGGAAUAAAGAGCUGGAUCUUCUGCUCCAAGAUUAACAACAACUAUGGCUGGUUCCAGCAGAAGGUCCCUGGCAGUGCCCCUGUCACUGUGAUCUACAACAACAACCAGAGACCCUCGGGCAUCCCUUCACGAUUCUCCGGAUCCCAGUCUGGCUCCACAGCCACGUUAACCAUCACUGGGGUCCAAGCCGAGGACGAGGCUGUCUAUUACUGUGGUUCCCUGGUCCAGGCAGCGCUGACUCAGCCGCCCUCCGUGUCAGCGAACCCGGGACAAACUGUCCAGAUCACCUGCUCCGGGAGUAGCAACAACUACUAUGGCUGGUACCAGCAGAAGGUUCCUGGCAGUGCCCCUGUCACUGUGAUAACACCAACAGACCCUCGGGCAUCCCUUCGCGAUUCUCCGGAUCCCAGUCUGGCUCCACAGCCACGUUAA